UCUCUGAUAACAAUUUAUAUAAAGUUCGCUUCUGGUUGUUUCAACUACGUGUAUGUUCUUCUCUCCCUUAUAUCGUCUUCACGACAAAAUCUGAUUUGGCGAUAAAAAACCGACACCCUUUCAUUCGCGCGAGGCAAAGAAACAACACAAAGAACAAUUGAGAACUUGUAUGACCAGAUUCGCACUCGCAGCUGGUAUAUACGAUCCAGGAAGCAAACAUCAGCGAUUGAAGAAAAGCUCGUUCACUUCAGUACAGUGGAGAACUUCAAACUGUCCGGACGGAUGAGUGCGACAAGUGCUUUGCUUGGGUGCAAAAAGUAGUGUCGGAUGAAAGUUAAGGGCGAGUGUUAAUCUACUACUCUCUCUCCGCGUGGAGAAAACAAGUUAUCCAGAGACAAAGAGUGAACUGUAAAAAAGCUACACGCUAGUUGUUUGUAGGCGAGUACAAGAAACAUUGCUGAAAGUUUACCGUUUGCGUUGAUUAGUGUUGGUACUGAGCGAUAUACCUGCUUGGUUUUGCUAAAAGCAUAAUUCCAACUGCCGUUGAAUGAUUGAAGGAGAACAACGUUGCUGCUGGUCUUUGGGUCAACGUGCUUGCGCAUCAACAUCCACAUGACGCAGUUAGCAAAGCUACGCUCGCUAUUGGUGGGCUUAACGUUCUAUCUGGGCGUGUCAACGACGGUUGCGGCCUACAGAAUCGGCGUGGGACGCGCAGAUUGUACAGGUCCACCCGUCGAAAUUGGUUUUAUGGGCUAUGCAGAGUUCUCACAGCGUGGACAUGGAAUUCACCUGCGUCAAUUUUCACGAGCCUUCAUAUUCGAGGACGAACAGGGCGAGCGUGUAGUGUUUGUAAGUGCGGAUGCUGGAAUGAUGGGUCACGCAGUUAAACGUGACGUCGUCGAUUUGCUGCAGAAAAAAUACGGCGAUAUUUAUCGGUUCGAGAAUGUAGUAUUAAGCGGUACUCACAGUCACAGUGUGCCUUCGGGAUUUCUGAUGUCAUUUCUGUACGACAUUGCAUCACUGGGAUUCGUACCGCAAAAUUUUAACGCCUUGGUAGAAGGCAUAACGUUAAGUAUUGUGAGAGCACAUGACAGUAUGCAGGAAGGGCGCAUUUUCGUAUCAGAUACCGAGGUUAGGGAAGCCAAUAUCAAUCGAAGUCCCAGCGCUUAUGAAAAUAACCCAGAAGAUGAGAAGGCAUUUUAUCAAGAUUACACUGAUAAGAAGUUGGUUCAGCUACGACUAGUGGGCAGUAGUGGACAGUUAAUAGGAGCAAUUAAUUGGUUCGCUGUCCAUCCGACGUCGAUGAAUAAAACGAACUGCUAUGUCUCUAGUGAUAAUGUUGGAUACGCGUCAAUUCUGCUCGAACAGGAAAUGAAUCCGGGCAGCAUGCCAGGCUCAGGAAGCUUCGUAGGAGCCGUAGCGGCAAGCAAUCUAGGUGACGUUUCGCCUAACGUAAUGGGACCGAAGUGCGAAAAAACUGGUUUACCGUGCGAUUUGCUGACGUCUUCCUGUCCUAGUGGCGCGGGUGCCUGUAUUGCUUCCGGCCCCGGGAGUGACAUGUUUGCGAGCACCAAACUGAUUGCAACCCGAAUUUAUACUGCCGCGUCGAAAUUACUUCAAUCCAACACCGGCCGUGAGAUCCGCGGCCCGAUAUCCUACGCCCACCAGUUUGUCGACAUGACAAAGGCGGUCGUUCCGUACUUCAACCGCACCACCAAUCGCGUCGAAGAAGUUCGCGGUUGCUAUCCUGCUAUGGGUUACAGCUUCGCAGCCGGAACGACCGACGGUCCGGGUGCGUUCGAUUUCCGUCAGGCCAUGCUGACGGAUACCACCUUCUGGAAUACGGCACGUGAUUUCAUUGCCGUCCCAACGGCGGAGGAUAUCGAGUGUCAAGCGCCGAAGCCCAUUCUGGUGGCAAGUGGACGGACAACGUUUUCCUACGAAACGCAGCCGAAAAUUGUUCCGGUGCAGGUGCUGCUGAUGGGAAACUUUGCAAUGGCGGCGGUUCCGGCUGAGUUUACGACCAUGUCAGGCAGGCGGUUGCGGAAGGUAAUAGAGCAAGCUUCGGUUGAUGCUGGUGGCAAAAAAGUACAGGUUGUGGUGGCUGGGCUGUCCAACAUGUACACUAGCUAUGUGGCUACUCCGGAGGAGUAUGCAAUUCAACGAUACGAGGGCGCUUCUACACUGUACGGGCCACACACUUUGACAAUAUAUUUAGAUCGUUUUAAAAAAUUAAUGGAAGCAAUUGUCACUGGUGACAAAGUUGCUCCAGGUCCUGAGCCGCCAUUCGAAGAUUACAAGCAAAUAACGCUUUCAACCGGUGUUGUGUUCGAUGGUCAUCCGUUUCGGAUGUACUUCGGUGAUGUUCAAAUUCAACCGGAGGAAAGUUACAAAAAGGGAGAUACCGUCAAAGCAAUGUUUGUCGCCGGUAAUCCCAGAAACAACCUAAUGCACGAAAGAACGUAUCUAACGGUGGAAAAGCAAGUGGGUGAUGAUGAUUGGAAAGUGAUAGCAACGGAUGCCAGCUGGGAUACGAAGUUCAAAUGGAUUCGGAAGUCCACACUGUUUGCAUACAGUGACAUCGAAGUGGAAUGGCAAACGGGACAGGAGACUGAGCAGGGUAUCUACAGGAUACAGCAUUUCGGAUACUGGAGGUACAUAUUAGGAGGCACAUAUCCGUAUAACGGUACUACAAGGAAUUUUAGCAUUUUAUAGUUGAGAUUUUUAUAGCAAUGUAUUAUUUGUGAUAAAUACAAACGAGAACUAGUCA